AUGCCGGCUGAUCUCCAGGCAAAGAUUUUCGAUCGAGCUGCACCAGGAGUUCGCAAGGUCAUUGUCGCCACCAACAUCGCAGAAACCAGUCUGACGGUGGACGGUAUCAUGUAUGUUGUGGACUCAGGAUUCUCGAAAUUGAAGGUGUAUAAUCCGAAGAUGGGUAUGGACACGCUUCAGAUUACACCAAUCUCACAAGCCAAUGCAUCCCAAAGAGCUGGACGUGCAGGCCGCACGGGACCCGGAAAGUGUUUCCAUCUGUAUACCGAACGGGCAUUUCGGGAUGAAUUCUACAUACAAACGAUACCUGAGAUCCAAAGGACCAACCUCGCGAACACGGUUCUGUUGCUAAAAUCUCUUGGUGUAAAGAAUUUGCUUGACUUUGACUUCAUGGAUCCUCCGCCCCAGGACACCAUCACUACAUCUCUUUUCGAUCUAUGGGCAUUGGGUGCUUUAGAUCAUAUAGGAGAUCUCACCGAAUUGGGUAGAACAAUGACCGCGUUUCCCAUGGAUCCUUCACUGGCCAAGCUCAUCAUCACAUCGGUCGAGUACGAAUGUAGCGAGGAGAUGCUCACGAUUGUAUCCAUGCUUUCGGUGCCAAGUGUGUUCUACCGGCCCAAAGAACGACAAGAAGAGUCAGACGCUGCGAGAGAGAAGUUUUUCGUCCCUGAAUCGGACCAUCUCACUCUACUCCACGUGUACACGCAGUGGAAAGUGAAUGGAUUUUCUGACGGCUGGUGCAUCAGACAUUUCCUCCACCCGAAAGCCCUACGCCGAGCAAAAGAGAUCCGCGACCAGCUUCAAGACAUUAUGAAAAUGCACAAAAUGGCAUUCACCAGCUGCGGAACCGAUUGGGACAUCAUCAGAAAGUGCAUCUGCUCCGGCUACUACCACCAGGCCGCAAAGGUCAAGGGCAUCGGCGAAUACAUCAACCUCCGCACCAGCGUGACCGUGCAGCUUCAUCCUACGAGUGCGCUCUACGGCCUCGGUUAUCUCCCCGAUUAUGUUAUCUACCACGAACUCAUCUUGACCUCAAAGGAGUACAUGUCCUGCGUCACCUCCGUAGAUCCUCAUUGGCUCGCCGAUCUGGGCGCUGUCUUCUACUCGAUCAAGGAGAAGGGGUACUCUGCGAGAGACAAGCGUGUCACAGAGAUUGAAUUCAACAAAAAAGCUGAGCUGGAGGCUAAGAUGGCAGAAGCCAAAGCGAAGGAGGAGCAGAGGCUCGCAGAUGAGGCUAAUGGUCCUUUGGAAAGGUCAUGCCGAUCACCAGUCGUCUCGCCAUUUAGCAUUAGAGCAAAUCGGUCGUCCCUUCCUCGGAGAUAUAUACUAGGGUUCAAAGCAUCGAAUGAUGCUGGAAGUGGCUGUGAUUAUGGCACGCGAUGUGCAGAAAGAGUAUGGUGA